AUGUCCUUGACAAGUUCCGCAAAGGUUUUUGACAUCACGCCACGCGGCUCAGAUUCUUCAGACCCAGCGUAUGUGACCCAAAGCUUUGGGGUUGCCUACAGAGAAAGAUAUGCCAUAACGGAAGCAGUGGCUGACCUAAACAUGGCCUUGGUACAGUCUGAUGGGGGAUUAGAGCUUAGUGCAGAUGAUGGUUCCGGGACAGUCUUCCAAAUCCUGAAAGGUGGUCCCAGCCCUGACUAUAAGAGCAAAUAUGAGAUGACUGAAGCAGACAUUUCAAAGGAGAUAGAGAGAUUUACAAAUGCCAGGGAUGCGACGUUAGAAAAUGACCAUGUAGCCCGGUCAUUCUUCAGUCACAAAGUGGCAAUGGCAUAUCAAGCGAAAAGCCAGAAAACCGGAAGGUUGGAGGACUUGGAGAACUCAAUACAGCAGUUUCGAGCGGCCCUUGACAGCGGACCCGAGCAUGAUAUGUUUCGACCUUACCAGCUCCUGAACAUUGGAGUGGCUUAUCGGAAAAAGUACCAACACACAGAAGAACCAACUGACUUGGAUCUGGCUAUUAGCUUCCUUGAAGCAUGUGUUGAUGAAACGCCACAUGAGGAUGGAGACAGGCGCUGGAGGCUUGAAGAGCUAGGAGUUACGCACUGGUACAGGUUCAAAGAGACCAACAAAGAUAAUCAUCUCUCAUCAGCAAUUCAGAGAGUACAGGAGGCCGUCCAGAUAGACUCGGAUUACUAUCCUGAUCGAACAAGACAGCUGCGGAGUUUGGGGAGCUUACUCCGUGAGAGGUAUCAAAGAAGUCGGGAUGGAACUGAUCAGCAGUUGGCUAUCCAAUGUUUCAAUGAAGGACUCAGGGAAGGAAGAGCUGCUCCAAUUGAGCGGUGGAGAGCUGGGCGAGCCUUGGUGCGAUUGCAGGGCGAGGCUGGGAAUUGGUCCUUGGCCUACGAAGCAGCUCAUGCGUGCGUGGACCAGAUUCCGCGCGUAUUAUCUCGAGGCCUUCAAGUUUCAGACAAGCAGAACUUGGUCACCGCUCUCGACGAUUUUUCACUUGAGGCAGCCGCAGUUGCAAUGAUGGCAGGGCAGCCCCCCUAUGAAGCCAUUCGAUUAAUUGAACUGGGUCGCGGACUGACUCUGGGUUCUCUUGGCGAAAUGCGUACUGAUAUUUCCCAGCUACAAGACAAAUUUCCCGAGCUAGGGAGCAGGUAUGAGGAGCUUCGCGAUCAGCUGGCCGUGCCAGCAGUUUCCGGCCAAUUCGAGGCAUAUCAACGGCUUGAGGCAAGCAAUCGGCUGGAUAAAAUGAUUCAAGAAAUCCGCGGCCUACCUGGAUUUGAUCAAUUCCUUCUGGCGCCUUCUGAGAACGAUUUGAAGAAAGCUGCAGCGUAUGGCCCCAUUGUUAUUGUCAACGUACAUGAUUAUCGCUGCGAUGCAUUUAUCAUCGAGAGUCAUCAGAUCCGGUCAUUGGCGCUCACAGAUCUACGCCAUAGUGACAUCCAGACCCGCGAAGCAAUGUUGGGAGGUCAGUUGGAUAGAGAGAGUCUCAGAUGGCUAUGGGACACCAUAGCUAACCCUGUGCUCACUUGCCUUGGGUUAACCCAUAACAUUGAGGAGAACUGGCCUCGGCUGUGGUGGAUACCUACGGGAGCCCUCGCCAAGUUUCCUAUUCACGCGGCAGGAGAGUAUUAUGAGGAUUGCAAAAACUCAGUUCUUGACCGAGUCAAUUCAUCCUACAGCGUGUCUGUUCAGAUGCUUCUACGCAGUCGUCAAUAUCGACAAAAAUCGAUGGCACCAGAGAUCCUAAACACUACAGUGCUGGUUGGGAUGGAAAAGACACCAGGCUUCAACAAUCUCCAAUUUGCAAAACGAGAGAUUGAAGAAGUCGAGAGACUCUGUCUUUCGAAAGGUCAUGUUGUCAAAAAACCACUCCCUUGCCAACCCGAUGUUCUCUCUGCCAUCAAAGGUUGUCGAAUUUUCCAUUUUGCCGGCCACGGAGCCACUGAUCAAUUGGAUCCGUUGAAAAGCGCUCUUAUUCUGCAUAACGACAAAUUAACGGUGGCUAGUAUUCUCCAAGAGAAUAUGAGUCGCGACAGACCAUACCUUGCUUAUCUCUCUGCUUGCGGGACAGGACAGGUCCGACACGAGGGGCUUGUUAAUGAGGGGAUCCAUUUGAUUAGUGCCUUUCAGCUCGCUGGGUUUGUGCAUGCUAUAGGAUCCCUCUGGCAAGUGGACGACAGUGUAUGUGUGAGAAUGUCAAUCUUGGUAUACAGGUGGUUGCUGGGCCAUAAUAGAAGCCCAGAUUCCGUCAGUGCAGCCCUUCAUCAUGCAACAAGGACGUCCCGAGACCAAUGGAUUUCUGAAAAUCAUGAGGUGUUGCAACGGGGAAUUCAGUCCCAGAUGAAGCAAAAGAACACGAAUGACCUUGACGGAACUUCAAGGGAUAUUGAUCGUGUUGAUGAUACCCCUUUGUAUUGGGUUCCUUACGUUCAUUUUGGCGUUUAG